AACCUAGGCUGAGAAAUGGGACUACAGAUAAGCUCACCUGUGCAGCUGUAGUAGAUUGUGACAGGAGCCUGUUAUGAAGCUUGCUAAAGAGAAGCAAACCUGAGAAAACCUUGCGAAAGAAUAUCUUAAUACGCCAUUAUGGGAACAUCGUCCAGUCUUCUGGAUGACAAUAAAUACACCUUUAUUAAAGAGUGGGCGCAGACGGAGCUGAGGAAUUUUUCACCUAUCUACAAGAAGCAAUACUCUCUGGCCUUUCUCUCCCACGUUCAUGAUGAGUUGGUUCAACGCAAACAGGAGCAUACUCAACUCCUUAAACAGCGGGAUCCACCGCCCGAAACAGAGGUGCUUUACCAGGAGUCUGUGCUCUACUUUUGCGAUAACAGGAAAUGGAAGGAGAGGUUUGUGGUGGUUUCAGCCAAUUACUCUCUGGAGUACCAUGAGAGCUAUGAGACUUUUACGAAAGGCACUCCACCACUAUUAAAGGUGCUGACUACCGGAGGCACUAUUUUGACCACAGAUGAGAAAUACAUGGAAGUGAUAGACAGAUGCUUCACUGACACUGACAAUGUGAAAGAAGACUUUGCUCCUCCAGUGGUGGGAAUGCCAGGCCAGUUUCCCGUGUACCUCCGACUGCCAUACCAAAGAGACCACUACUUCUGCUUCUUCCAGGAGGCCAAACAUGUCAAGUUUAUGUCUGUUUUAUCUGACUGCAUUCGCCACCAGAAUCAAGACUUCUUAAAAAAGGAGACAUUCGAAGUGCAGGCCUUCAUCAAAGCUGUUCAGCUUUACAGGCAGGAUAAGGGCUACUAUGAAUCAUGGGAUAUGAUGAUAGGCAACGAUGUGCAGGUGCUGACUAAUCUAACCAUGGCGGAUUUAUUGCCAUCUCAAGAGAAAGACUUGCUUUCUUGCCUGAAGGCCAAAAAGAUGGAGAAGAAGAGAAUGUGGUUUGCUACAGUUGAGGCAGUAUAUAAUGUGGUGCAGGAGACUUUCAUGGAGGGCAUGGCUGCUCUGAACAACGAGUGCAGGGAGGCAACCAUGCAGCAGAAAGCACUUAUGUGCUCAAAUAUGGAUCAGAUCAUGAGCUCCCGAGCCUUUCUGGAGAGUAAGCUCAGAGACAUGGUAGCUGAGCUGGCUACCCAGUACUGCAAACAACACAUAGAGCCUCGCCUCAGUGCUGUGCUGGAGGAGAUAAUGGGGCCCAUCAGCCUGGGCUUUGGGGAAGCACGGCAGGUCAGCGAGAGCAUGAUGGAGCACCUGUGCCAGGUUUAUCAAGAGGGCAUGACCAGAGAAGAUCUCCAACAGAAUUGGGUAGCGAUGAGUAAACCAGACUUACAGAGCUGUUAUGAGAAAGUUAGUGGACUGAAGGAUAAUAUACAAGAGUUCAGCUAUUCUAACUGCAGAGGCCUGGAGCACAGCACACAGAUUGAUAUACAACAGCUGGUAGACAAUGUGGAAUACACCUUUGGACUACUUCUGAACAAGUCUCCCCAAGACAACAACAACCUAUUAGAUCUCAUGGUAAAAGCCAAAAAUAGGGUGUUAAAGGUGAGCACACGGACAUGUACACUCUCACUCACAUACACCAAUAUCCAAGAUCAAUGCUCUGUAUUUCAUGUGGCAUACAGCAGUGGUCCCCGACCCCCGGGCUGCGGACCGGCACCGGUCCGUGGGUCAAUUGGUAUCGGGCCGCACAGAAAGAAUACACAAUAUGACUAUGACAGCAGUACACAGAGAAAGAGGAUUUUCCAAGAAGCUCUGCUCAGCAUCACUUUACCUAGGCUCAAAGCUUUUCUGGCUCCUACAUUCAAAAAGGAACUACCGAACUUUGAACAGUACAUAUUUGCUGAUUAUGUCGAUUUCAUCAACGUGGAGAAUGUCUACGAGGACAUACUGGAGCAAAUGCUAGAGAAGGACGUUAGCAAAGUGGUGAAGGAAGCAGCAAGUAUGCAGAAGUACAACUUAUUCAUGGAGUCCAGGUAUCGUUUCAGUGUUUCCAGCAUGUACUUCACUCCCCCUGGCAGCCCAGACUACACCAGCACAUCCACAAAAGUGGGCAAUGUUCUACCACCCUCCCCAUUGCUGAAGGAAACCCAGUGCACUAAUGAAGACCUAGUGCUGAUUCAGAAGAAGGUUGAGCUAAAAGGAAUUAAGGCCCAAAUAAUAGAGGUUCAAGAACAUGCACAACCAGAGCUCACUGAGGUACGUCCUAAGAAGAUUAUUGAGCAGAAGGUAAUCAUGGCCCAUCAGGAAGAGGUUCCAGCACAUGCACAAACAGAGCUGAUUAAGAUACCUUUUGAUGAAAAAACAGUCCUGGCUGAGAAGAGAAUGGAGCAGGAGGUCAUCAAGAUCCAGGAGGAAGCGGUUGAGAUGAAUGCACAAUCAGUGAUUAUUAUGGUAACUACUAAUAAAAUCCCAGUCCUGGCUGAGAAGAAGGUGGAGCAAGAGGUAAUUGUAGCCCAGCAGUUAGAAGAUCAUGUACAACCAGAGCUUACUAAGGUACCUAUUGGUGAAAAUACAAUUAUGGCUGAGAAGAUGAUUGAGCAGAAGGUAAUCAUGGCCCAUCAGGAGGAGGUUCUGGAAGCUACUAAAGAGCGCAAACUGGAGGAUAAUGAAGGGUCAGAUUUUCCUUUUAAUGCAGCAACUGAGAUACGAGCCAGAUUUCCUGCACAUGAGACCACUCAGAGUUUGGGGAAGAAAACAUACUCAGGGCCUCCUUUGUUACUCGAUAUAAACCCAGAGACCUUACUUAACCCAUCUAUCUCAAAUACAGAACCUGCACUUAAGCCUGCAUCUCAUACAUUGUUUGAACUUGUACCAAACCCAAUAAAAACUGUAGCCAAUGAGACACCAUGCCAAGCUUGUCCACCCGAGAGAGAGACAAGGCCUAUGGGACAAGUCCUACAAAAUGAAACUCUGUCAAGUCUCAAUUUUAUCUCAGCAGAGAGUAAAGCCGAAACCUCUCAGGUUCUGCCAAGCUGUUUAGAUGUACAACCCCUUAUUUUAGAUGAGCAAACCAACAACGACACUGGAGAUACCAAAUUAUUGGUAGAUGAUCUUACUUCUAUCGGAGCUCCAAUUUAUGAGCUCAGAGUCAGCAACAUGACACAGGACUUUUAUGAUUGUUUAUCUUGGAGCACAUCGAAGGAGCAAGACAGCAACGAGGAUGAUGAGCCAACACUGGAAACCUCAACAGCCAGCUCUAACCCUGAGGACAUCUUCAUAGUGAAGUGUGAAGCUAUCUUGGAUGCUAGUGUGAAUGUAACUGACGACUCUGCAGAUCUCAGAAACGAAGCAGCCAGACCUUUAGAUUGCAUCAAGGAAAUCCGUGACCUUGUGGUGGAAGUGAUUGAAGUGGAGGAUGUAGUCCAACACUACCCUACCAGUGCAGAGGUCAGCUUAAACACACAAUGAAAAAGAGUGCUGUGGUAAAGGACACUUUCUGAAGUGAUGGACAUCAUGCCAUAACUUAAUAUCUAUACUUCGUUAUCAAAAUUAUUUGUUUUACCCCUUCAGGACUUAUAUAUAUAAUAUGUGGGUCUUAAAUGCUGUUAUUACUGUGUAGAUGUGAUGCAAAUGAAAGAAUGUAUUUGUUUUUGAUUGUUAAUUUAUGCAUAAUUGAAUAACCAUGUUUCAAAUAAGUGGGAAAUAAAAUUAUAUAUACCUUUUGCUUAAAAGUAUCUUAAACUGUAAAAUAAAUACACACAAACUGUCCAGCUCGCAUUGUUUGCUAUGUGCAUUUCAAAUGCAUUUUUUUUUUCAAAAUCAAAUACAGUUCUUAUUUGUAUGUAAUCAUUCUGUCACAUGCAAACCGUCUACAAUUUGUUGCACAUUCAAUGCGAUGCAUUGUUUGAAAUCUUAACAGAUAACAGAGCAUUUAGUAGCACUUUAACCAGAGGUGGGAAGUAACGGAGUACAAAUACUUCGUUACUGUACUUAAGUAGAUUUUUCUGGUAUCAGUACUUUACUCCACUAUUUAUUUUAUUAACUUUUUACUUUUACUCAUUACAUUUUUAC